UGGAUGGGGUCUAUCGCCUCCACGGCCUUCCGUGGAUUUUCGCGCCAUGUCGGAGCUUGCACUGACCGCGGUGCGAGCUGCUCUGCAGCACUCCGCUGACCGGGCGCCUGUGAGGUCCGAGGAGUCGGUUUUCUCGGUGUCCAAGCAGAAGUGGCUGUCCCCCGCUGAAGCCUCCAAGCUCUCAGCUGGCGAGCGCUCCAUGCUGCUCAGCGGCCUGUUCCAGGUCCGGAAGGGCCGCACCAACUCCUCCAACUGCAAGCGCUGCGGCCGGAAGAUGGAGAAGGCAUCGAUGCAGAUAGGCUACCCUUCUACCGACAAAGAGAAGAGCAAGACCGUGGCAGUUUGGCUUCAUGUGGCUUGCGCCAAGAAGGACGAGGGCUUGGUGCAGUUGGCCUCGCAGGGCCGGAAGGCCAUGAAGGAGCACGUCCUGGGCUUCGACGCCUUGUCACGCCAGGAGCAAAAGCAGCUGGUGGAACAGAUUCAUGCGCAGCAGGAGGAGGAGGAGGAGGAGCCUGGGCUGCCGGAGAGUCAGGUGGCAGUUCCCCCAAAGGUCCUCGAGGCCCACGAGACCCCGACGGAGCUGAAGUGCGAGCUCAAGGAAUUCCAGAAGCAGGGCUUGACUUGGAUGCUGGCGCGCGAGGACGUUGCGAAGGGCGGGCUCAACCCUUGUGGCGGCAUCCUGGCAGACGAGAUGGGCAUGGGGAAGACCCUCGAGGUCAUCGCGCUGCUCCUGGCCAGCGAGGAGACCCCCACCUUGAUCGUGGUGCCACCCACCUGCCUCAUGCAGUGGCGCCUGCAGAUCCAGCGCUUCGUGGCUGAGAGCAUCGAGGUUCAUACGUACCAGGGCGUCAACCGCAACUUGCCAGAGUUGGAGCCGGAAUCGAAGAAGCGGGUGGUGCUAACCACCUACAACGUGCUGGAACGAGACUUUCGCAAGCAGGUGGACCUUUGCAAGGUUCCCUGCGAGUUCUGCAAGCGGCGCUUUUGGCCGGAAGGCUUGCUAACGCAUCAGCGGCAUUGCAAGCAAGCGGACCAGGAAGCAGUGUACGCCAAGCGCAAGCAAGCGGCGGCUCUGCACCACAGCAAGCGCGCAAGGCGAGAGGAGCAGGCAGAGGCAGAGGCAACUGUGGACAAACAGGAGAUCAAGAAGGAAGGCGAAGACACGGAAGUGCUGGAUCUGUGGGAGCAUCAGUUGCUGGACAAGCUGGAUUUAUCCUCUUCGCCUUUAUACCGAGUCCAGUGGGGUCGAGUCGUUUUGGACGAAGCGCAUCGAAUCAGAAGCUCACAACGAGGUUCCGCCCAAGCUGCGUUCAACCUGCAGGCUCGCAAGCGGUGGUGUGUGUCUGGCACGCCCAUGCAGAACCGCAUUGGCGAAGUCUACUCGCUGGUCCGAUUCUUGAGAUACUAUCCCUACGGAUACUACAGAUGCACCAAGAGGGGCUGCACCUGCGAAUGCUUCUUCGUGCCCUGCUUCCCCGACACAAGUGUAUGCAAAGGAUGCUCUCACAGCCGGUCUUUGCACCAAAGCAUCUUCCAGAUGGAGAUCUCCACACCCAUCCGCCAGUUCGGAUUCCUGGGGAAAGGCAAGGAGGCCCUGGAGGCCCUCAGGCUGCACAUCUUCCACCGCCUCAUGCUGCGAAGGACCAAGUGCAUCUCCGACUUGCCGGAGCUGACCGUGACGCUGCAGAAGGUGGCCCUGAGCGCCCGCGAGCAGCGCUUCUAUGCCUCGGUGCGGGAAGCAUACCGGCCUGUCCUGGAAGAUCUCUUGAAGAACGGGCAGCUGAUGCGGAACUUUGCGCACGUCUUCAGCAUCAUCAUGCGGCAGCGGCAAGCCGCGAAUCACCCGGACCUGGUGAAGUUUGGCACUCUGCAGUCCAGAUGCCACAUGUGUCAGGCGGAGUUAGGAUCUUCGGAGGAGACCGUGGCCUUGGGCUGCGGGCACUGCGUCCACGAGAUUUGCUUCGAGGACUACGGCCGCGAGGCCUGUCCCACGAAGAUCUUCUGCCCCAGCUGCCAGCUGAGCGUGGAACGGAUCUUGGGGGAGAACGGCCUGGAUUUCGUGGAAGAGCUGCAGAAAAGCAAACGGCUGCGGAGCUGUAGUAAGAUUGAGGCGCUGCUGGCGCACUUGCGGAAGGUGUGGGACGACGCGACCAACAAAGUCUUGGUCUUCUCGCAGUUCACGCACUUCCUGGAGAUCAUUGAGUGGCAUUUGCAGCAGGAGGGCAUGGAAGCAGUCCGCAUGUGCGGCAACACCAAGAUGAGGGUCCGAGAGGAGAUCAUGCAGAACUUCGCAGAUCCCGCGUCGACCUGCCGAAUCCUCUUGAUUUCGUUGCAGGUUGGAGGUGAAGGCCUGAACUUGCAAAGUGCCAACCACGUGUUCCUGAUGGAUCCUUGGUGGAAUCCCGCGGCAGAGCAGCAAGCCAUGCAAAGGGCGCAUCGUAUUGGGCAGACACGGCCCGUACAAGUAGUGCGCUUCGUGUCCGCCAAUACCAUUGAAGACAAGAUCCUGGAUUUGCAGGCGAAGAAGCAGUGCACCUUCGACAGUACUGUCGCCGGGUGCAAUGAGAGCCUGCUUAGGCUAAGCUGUGAGGAUAUCCAGCUGUUGUUCAAAGAUUGAGGCUCCCCGUGAGAAAUGGUUCUCUCAUGAAAGGAGGUGGGGGGC